AUGGGCGCCGGCGCCGGCGCUGGAGCCCGCGCCCGCGAGUACCUCGCGGAGGAUGAUGCCCUGCGGCGCGUCAUCAAGGAGGACUUGCCCUGGGCGGAGGAGCUGCUCAGCCGUGCUGAGCGGCUUGUUGCAGACGCUAAAGCUGAAGGAGAUGGAUCGAAGGAGGAUCCUAAGAACGAGGAGCAUGAAAACAAUGAGGCGCCUGCAAAGAAUAAGAACAUCGAGUUGAACGUCUACGGCUUGGGUGGGUUGACGGAUGGCUUGAAGUUUCACCUUGCAGUUGAACCUGCUGAGACAGUGGCUCUGUACAUCAUCAAAGACGCCUAUUUUUAUUUGACUACUAUUGUUUAUGGUUUGCGUCUUGUUCCUUGGAAAGGAUUUCCAGGGCAUCCUUGGCAUCCUUUGCGCUGGAUUUGCAGUGUGUCUCCGCUUGUCGGUGGUUGGGUUGGUUGUUUGGCAUUGUUUGCCCCGCCCUUGUCAUGCUCUUGUUUUCUGCCUGUCCUUUUCCCUGCGUGUCCAGGAGAAGGUCAAAACUCUGUUGUCGCAUCUUUGGUUUUGCUGGGAAGUUGUGUCCAGUCUCCAGCGGUCCUGAUUGUCGAGUUGUCUCUUCGGUGGUCGGUUGCGUGA